UGACGUCGCGAUAACCAAAUCAAUUCCAAUCAAGCUUUCCUCGUUCAUUAUUAUUAAACAAUAUUUUUAAAGAAUGCAAGCGUAGAUUAAAACUAAACUUUAUUUAAUUUUUAUAGUUUCUGUUUGAAAAAGGUUCAAGUCUUGAUAAUGUUAUUAAAAAUAACAGUAUUACUAUUAUUAAUAAUUAAUAUAUGCACGGGACAACAAGCAAAAUGCGAUCAAACACCGCCCCAAGCGACGGUGCGGACACCGAGCGAGAAUAAGGGCAUAUACAGAAUGAGUAUCAGUACUAAGGGCAAUGACACUAAUAUCUACCGCCCGGAUCAGACUUAUGUUUUAAAGCUGACAACAAACAAUUCGACACGACCAUUCCGUUGGUUCAUGAUAACCGUGGAAGAUCCUGAAGUCGACAACACGACAUAUGAGUUUGACCACAAGUCCAUAGACGUAGGAAGCCUCAAAACUAUAGACACGCACAAGCAGUCUAGAUACAGUGAGCGGUGUUAUAACUCUGUGGAGAAUACUGAUAAUUCCGAUAAGUAUAAAGUUGAGGUGCAUUGGGUAUCUCCGAAACAGAAUGACCGUAACCAGAAGGUCCGUCUCCGAGCGAUGGUGGCUGAAAACGAAGAGGUGUGGCACAUUGGGGAGAAUCUCACGAUUUUGUUGGAAAAAGAUGAUCGUCGGCCUUUAGAUUCUCCUCCAUACACCCCAGUGGAUACCUGCAACCUUUGCAGUGAGGCUAGAUAUGAGGUAACUUUCAAAGGUCGCUGGUCAAGAAUGACUCAUCCCCGCUACUACCCCAGCAGACCUGAUGAUAACGGUUUUAGUCACAUCGUUGGCGCUUCUCAUUCGUUCUCCUACAUUUUGUGGCAGCCUGGUGAUAAAGCCAGCCCUGGUCUAAAGAAACUCGCUGAAGAGGCCGAUAUUAGCGGCGUUGAGAGGGAAAUCAUUGAUGCUAUGUCACCACAGAACGGUACAAGAACUCUAAUCCGCGGCAAGCGCCGCUACCACCCCUACAUGUGGGAACCAUCCCACUCCCUCUUCCGCGUGGACAAAGUCCACCACCUGUUCUCAGUGCUGGUGGCGAUGAAGCCGUCUCCGGACUGGUUCCUGGGCGCCACCAGGUUCGAGCUGUGCACUGAUGUAGGGUGGUUGGAGACCUCUGAAAUACCAUUGUAUCCGUGGGACGCGGGGACCGUUGACGGAAUCUCUUAUGAGUCGGCCCCUUCAGUAACACUCCCCGUGGAUGCCGUGGACCGCGUGGCGGUGGGCUCCUUCAACAAGGAGUCACCGUUCUACCAGAUGAAUCUCAAUGAGUUGAAGCCCUUUGCGUUCUUGCAAGUUAGGCGCCUUGAUGUGUAUCCCCUGGUGGAUGCUGAUUGCAACGAGGAACAAGAGCCUGAAGUUGAAGAAGAAAAAGAAGUCGUCGAAAAGAAAAAUACUGAAGAGGAAGAUGAAGAACCAAAGAUAUUAGAAUCAAUACAAGGGCCCCGUGACUGCACUCUGGGGACAUGGGGCGAAUGGACCGAAUGUGUACCCGAUACAGGCGCGUGUGGGUCUGGGACACAAAUACGAUCGAGGCAAAUGCAGAAAUUGUAUUAUGAAAGUUAUCAAGUGGAUGACAGCAACCAAAAUGUUGGUUCAUGUCAACCAAAUUCGGAUGGCCCUGUGCAGUCUCGCCAGUGUUUUGUUAAUUGUUAAAAUUUGAUAAAAA